GGUGUCUUUCAAAAUGGCUCCCUCGAGAAGUUGAGGCUCGGUACUGGAAAACAGGAAGUUUCCCUGAUUUUAUUACCUUGCUACUUACUUAUGAUGGAUUUGAUUUUAAAGCCAUGAGUAAUUAUGGAAACAGGUGAGGAUGUUUUGGCAUCUGAGGAAGGAACUCGCGGUGGACCGAGUAAUUGCGAAGGUGGUAUACGUGAAGUUGCACGUCGGCAGGAUCAUCGAACCAGUCGGAAGAAGAAGCUUUCAAGAAAGGUUUCCUUCCCUGAAGAUGCCUUUCUAGUCCGGGCUGUGGACCCAGUUGACCCGUGGGAAAAUGCUGGACAUCACAGCAGUAAAGAAGUAAUAGAUGCUUAUAGAAGUACAUGCAUCAGACUGAAGAUUAAACCUUGUGAAAAGCUCAUUAAACAGCUUGAGGCUUGUGAGAGUUUUGCAGACAGAAUAGAUGUAAUCGACUUGAGAGGUGUUAAACUUGACCCACGGAACUGUGAGGCUUUGGAGGAAGUGUUCAGAAGGGUGAGAACCAAGACAUUGGAUCUUGAAAACACAGGACUUGAGGAUGAUGGUGCUGUUUCAUUGCUGGAAAUGAUUGAAUACUACAAAUCAACAUGCAACCUAAACAUGGCAUACAAUAGCAAGAUAAAGAUCAGAGGAUGGCAAGCUGUUAGUAGAACUUUAAAAAAGACUCCCUGUUUACAAUACUUGGACAUACGUAACACAGUUUGGACAGAACAGGCUCUUCCUCUCUUGGGGCGCACACUCAGGCUUGACUGCUGUCUCAGUGUGUUGCACAUGGAGGGUUGUAAUCUGUCAGGGAGACCACUGUUUCUGCUGGUCAGUGCAGUAAAGUUUAACCAGAAUCUCAAAGACUUGUUCCUGGGAGACAACAAACUAACAUCACCAGAUGGGCAGUCAUUGGGUGCUAUGCUAAAGGGUAAUGGAUAUCUUCAAUUGCUUGAUUUAAGAAAUAAUCCUUUACAGGACAUGGGUAUUGGUUAUAUUUGUGAGGGUCUGGCUGAACAGCCUCAUGGUGGACUACAGACACUUGUGCUGUGGAAUACCCAACUAACUUGCCAUGGAGCAAUGUUCCUGGCUAAUGCUUUGGUAAGCACCAGCUCUCUUCAAACUCUUAAUCUCGGACACAAUCGAUUGACUAACGAGGGAAUGCACACAUUAAAGGAGGGUCUUUUGAGGAACCACUCUCUUGAAAGACUUGGACUGUUGAAUACAAGACUCUCUAGCGAAGGAAUAAUUGCACUUGCUGAAGUAGUCGCAGAAAGCAAGACUAUUCUAAGAGUGGACCUCCGUGACAAUGACCCAUAUGUUGGAGGGCUGAUGGCUCUGUCGUUGUCACUGAAAGUCAACAAGUCCCUUGUGCGGAUAGACCUGGACAAGGACCUGAAAAAAGAGCCGGGCAUGGAAACAACACAGAGGAUUAUUCUCGCUGACAUCUACAGCUAUUGCCAGCGAAACAAAGUUUUAGCCAAAGAACGAGAAGAAAGAGAGCUGGCUACUGAAAGCCAGACUGAGGAGGGAAGGAUCAGUGAAACAGACAGCAUUAUCCAUGAUGUCAAAGAACACGUAACAGAUGCGGUGUCUCACGUUGAAAACGAGACUGCAUCUUGCUCGCCGAAGCUGAUUCAGUUGGAGAACCCUCCGGAUAUUGCACAAGAGCUUAAAGUUCUAACAUCGGACUAUCCUGGCCUGUCACGAUUCACAGUUACGGCUGUAUCAGAUGAGGAACAGCAGCCAAACCAAGACGGUACUUUUAGUGAUGAGGACUUUGUUCCCCUUGUGGAUUUAUCGAACACGAAUUGUUCGUCAAACGAGCAAGAUAUAAGCGGUUGCGAUACGAGCGUGAACGAUGUGUUACGUGACAAGGUGUCAAGUGUUUCGCUGAGUGACACGGACGCCUCUAACAGCACAUUCAGUUCACUGUCGCAACCCACCGCAUCUCCAUUGAUUCCUGCUCUGGUUCAGAGUGAUGAGCGGACUUCAGCCUCUUCUCCUUUACCUGAAGGAAAUAAACCAGAGCUGGACUUGUUGAGCAGCGUGUCUGUCAAGGAAACAAAUCACAAUCCACAUCUCAACCAUGCAAUCAACAAUCAGGAUUUUUGGACAGGCCAAAUGGACGGCUUGAUGAUAGGCUCAACAAAGUUGCCCACCCCUCCCUCCACAGUGUCUCCGAAUAACGACGGUGCCGUAGUGGACCUUCUUAGCUGAAGGAGAAAUUGAAUGCAUUUUUUACAGACAAGCAUUUUGAAGAUUUGUUGUCGUAGAGAUCAGCAUGGCUUAUUCGCUGC